GAAAAUGUUUAUCGGCGGUCUGAGUUGGCAAACAGCCCCGGUGAGAGUCGACUGGGCUCUUGGCCUCUGCUCUAACAAAAAAAGGCUGACUGAAUCCCACAACCAGAAGAUCGAGAUUUAUAUGCAAAACGAGUGCAACGCUUACGUGCCCAUUUUUAUGAUGGCAUUGCCAUUGGCAUCGGGUCUCUGCAUAUUCCCUCUUAAUCCCUCUCCCAUUCAUAUACUAUUGCCAUCACAUACUCACUCACAACCACUCUAUUGGCAUCAC